AUGACAGACAUUGAAGAUGCAAAUCAAGAGAAUAUGAGAGCGAAUCACGAACGAGACAACGCUCUUUUACUAACAUGUGCGAGGCGUAAGAAAAGCAUGAAAAAAUACGAAGAAGAAUUAAUAUCUAAUGGUUUGUUUUCUGUUCGGUUCAAGCCAAAAUUUAUAGUUGCAGAAAAUACGUCGUUAUCUGUCCACAGAAAGGAAUUGUUAAAACUUGCUGAAAAAGAUCCAGGAUUUUAUAAGUUCUUGAAAGAAGAAGAAUCCGACUUAUUAGCCUUCAGAGACUUAGAAUCAGGCUCUGAUAAAGAUUCGGACAGUGAAGUAAACAAGGAAGAAAAACGAUUUUUUGAAGAAAAAAACCUGCUAAAGGGUAAUGUGGGUCGGAAAAUUAUUGAUCAAAGCUUUGUAGAAAAUUUGCAGAAUUGUUUACUGGAGACGAGUCGACCAAAAUUAUCAUUGCUUCGUGAAGUAGUAGCAGCGUUUACUGCAUGUGUAGCGCGAGUUGGAGCUAAUAUUGAACUUCCGAAUUACAUAGUCAACGAUUCUGAUGUUUUCGAGAGCAUCAUUCGAUUGUGUUUUUCAUAUUUGGGCAAGUGUCUGCACAUGUUGAUUGGUGAAAUUAGAACUGAACCAAGUGAAGGAGCUACUGAUUUAAGGUUUAGGCAAGUUGGAAGGCUUAAGGGCAGACAGUACAAACGCUGGAAGAAAUACAGUAGCUUAUUAAAGAGCUAUUUUCAUGCUCUUACGCUGUUCUUGAAUGAAAUCCAAACACCAGAUGUCAUUGUAUGUACAUUGCGUGCAAUCACCGAUCUGCUUGAGCUCUACAUUAAAUUUCCAAAACUUAUUCGCAAUUUAACAAAAAUACUAGUGAGAAUUUGGAGUCGUCGGACACUUGAAUGUCGUUGUGCAGCUUUCUUUGCUGUAUACAAAUUAGUCAGGAUAUCUAAGAGUACUUUCUCAUCAGUAAUCAAGAGCUUUUAUUUUGGUUAUGUGACCAGUGCUCGAGAUGUCAGCGCUGAAUCAUGGUGUUUAGUUGCAUUUAUGCAAAAAUCUUUUGCCGAAUUAUGUUUGGUAUAUCCAGAAGUAUCAUAUCAAUAUACAUUUGUAUACAUUAGACAAACUGCUAUUCAUCUUAGAAAUGCAGUGAUAGCGAAACGUAAAGUUAGUGGUCUUCUUGGUUUGGCUCUUAGUUGUCAUGCUAGGGAUAAAGUCAAGUAUUCAUUCAAACUUUUGAAAACCGACCUUAUCCAAACUGUUUAUAAUUGGCAGUUUAUAAGGUGUUUGUAUCUGUGGACCCAAGUGAUUGGUAAAGCUCAUCGUCUUCGUAUUUCCAGUGCGGACGGUAACAUUGGUGGAUUAGAAGAACUUGCUUAUCCAUUAUGUCAGAUAACGAUCUCUUUAAUGAAGCUUUUCCCAUCCAUAAAGUAUCUUGCUUUACGACUGCACUGUCUUCGAAUAUUACUGAUUAUGCAGCACAAUUGUGAAUUAUAUGUCCCGACACUAGCUCUUGCUACUGAGUUGCUCACUGACGUACUUCUGUUGUCAAAAAAGAAGCCUACAAAAGGACAAGGAACUCAUAAAAACAUUGAUAUGAAAUGUUUUCUGAAGAUUUCUACAGCCCAUCUUGAUGAUGUUGGAUUUAGGCAAGCAGCCUUGGAAGAAUUAUUCAGCAUACAGCUUGAGGCUGCUCAUGCUAUACAAGAAAACUGUGCAUUUGCAGACAUUAUCGUUCCUGUAAAUCAAAAGAUAAGGGAAUUCGUCAAAAGUUGCCGUAACGUGGAAUUCUCACGACUUUUUAGAUCACUAGAGAUUAAACUGAAAGAGCAAUCAAUUUAUACGAGAAAAAUUAUAGAUAGCACAGAUGUGGAUCUCAGGAAUGAAGCAUUGAUGAAACAUUUAGGGCGACGAUUCAAAACUACAGAUGCUCCUCUGACCAGGUUUUAUAACUCAUGGCAAAACAUUUGGAAGUUAAAGCAAAGUAAUGCAUCAAAUGCGGUAAUCUUUUCUUCGAUCUAUAUGUCUAUUCCCACGUAUUCAAAUCAUUAG